CACCCCCAAAUGCACAUCUGCGGCGGCGCUUACACACACACACACACACACACACACUCUGUCUCUCUCUCUCUCACUGUCUGUCUCUCUCUUUCACUGUCUGUCUCUCUCUCACGCACACACACCAUAGGACGCUGACUGCAAGAUACUGUAAGAGGCAGAAGAGAGAGGAAAAGCUGAAAGAUGUCAGUGGUGCGGACAAUUUUCCUGCAGUGUGGCCCAUCGGUUUCGCAUUUCUCGACCUCGUCUUAUUCAACCAAUUUCAAUUCGGGUUCCGUGAAAUUCACCAUUUCUUGUUGCUCGGUUGCGUCGCCGGCUUCGGUUGUGAUUGGAAAUGUGGAUAAGAAGGCUUCUGAGAGAAAUGAAGUGCGGCUUGGAUUGCCCAGUAAAGGCCGAAUGGCUACAGACACUCUUGAUCUUCUUAAGGAUUGUCAAUUGUCGGUGAGGCAGGUGAAUCCGCGCCAGUAUGUCGCAGAAAUUCCUCAGAUUACGAAUUUAGAAGUUUGGUUUCAGCGCCCAAAAGAUGUUGUGAGGAAAUUAGUGUCUGGAGAUUUGGACCUUGGAAUUGUUGGUUUGGACACUGUAAAGGAAUAUGGACAGGAGAAUGAAGAUCUCAUUAUUGUCCAUGAUGCUCUUGACUAUGGAGAUUGCCGUUUAUCUCUAGCAAUUCCCAAGUAUGGCAUUUUUGAGAACAUAAAUUCUUUGCAAGAGCUGGCACAGAUGCCACAGUGGACACCUGAGAGACCUCUACGAGUUGCUACUGGCUUUACUUAUUUGGGUCCUAAGUUUAUGAAAGAUAAUGGACUGAAGCAUGUGACUUUCUCAACUGCUGAUGGAGCCCUUGAAGCAGCUCCUGCAAUGGGGAUAGCUGAUGCUAUUGUGGACCUUGUGAGUAGUGGAACAACAUUAAGAGAGAAUAAUCUGAAAGAAAUUGAAGGUGGCAUUAUCUUGGAAAGUCAGGCUGUUCUUGUUGCUAGCAGAAGGUCGCUGAUCCAGCGAAAAGGUGUUCUUGAUAUAACUCAUGAGAUGCUUGAAAGAUUGGAAGCACACUUAAAGGCUGUUGGUCAAUUCACGGUAACUGCCAACAUGAGGGGAAAAAGUGCAGAGGAAGUGGCUGAGCGAAUACUAAGCCAACCAUCUUUAUCUGGGUUGCAGGGACCAACCAUAAGCCCAGUUUUCACUAAGCGUGGUGGGAAGGUUGCAGCAGAUUAUUUCGCUAUAGUUAUAUGUGUACCAAAGAAAGCACUUUACAAAUCUGUUCGGCAGCUGAGAGCGAUUGGUGGUAGUGGGGUUCUGAUUUCACCUCUGACCUACAUUUUUGACGAGGAAACUCCCAGAUGGCGUCAGCUUCUUUCAAAGUUGGGGCUCUAGUCAUCUCCACUUGUACCUUGUUUUUUCACAAUCUUCCAAACAUAAGGGAGAGGCCAACUGAAAUCUAGAAAAGUUGAGGUUUUUUCUUAGUCUUGUUAUUCUUGUAUCUUUCGGAUUUCAUUAUUUGUUUUAGUUGAGUAGAGUAGAUCAAUAUCAUCUCUUGUUGUACAAUCUUCUGGUUUUUGUAUCAUUAAAUUUUGAUGCCAAGUACCAGGGGCAACAUGGUGAGUGUAUCAUCAUGAUGUCUUAGAGGACUAGUGUUGCAGUACAAAUUGCGCCUGCUAUUUGUGUCCAUUUCUCGUUCGAGGAUGUUUCAUUUGUAAGAUAACAGAAAAGUCGAGGAUGUUUGUCAAGGUGUUAAUUGUAUAAGCUAAAUAAGAUUGUUGUUUUUACUUAAUAAUAUGUAUUCUUCUGUGGGA